AUGAAGCAUGAAAAAGUAACUACGGAAAGACAUUCUUUACUUGGUAAUGAAAAUGCGAUCAACUUCCCGAUGCUUGGGAGGAUUCGAAGUACAGCUAGAAGACCUCGCAAUACCCCAAAAUUGAAGAAACCUUACAAAAGAUGCCAUGACCAAACGGCUGCAGAAAAGCGUAAUAUCCACUUUACUACAUCUCACGUUGACCAGGAACGGGAAAACAUCAUCACAGCACUGCUGGAAAAAAAGUCGUUUUCAACACUUUAUGAAAGCAAGCUGAGAAAUUUUUGCCCAGACGCCAAGAAAGCGUUUGCCAAUCUUGGUUUACAAAGGCAGGAUCGAGAAAGCACAAGAUUCGUCUGUGAUGAAAGGCGUUGGAAAACCCUUGACGCUCGUCAGUCCCGUCAUUUCCCGAUUCCGAGAAUCCUAUUUGCAAUCAUUAAUGGUCCCUUUCCCUUCAGAUUAGUCCUCAACACCGGUCUCGAAGGAGAUUUAAACACACUAACAGAGAAGAGAUACUCGUUAGGAAUACUUAAUAAGCGGAAACGAAUGUACGCGGAUUCGUCUCUAACGAUCAAAACGAUACACAUACGCAUCUUUGAAAACUUUUGGCUCCGGAAACUAGGAAAGAAAGACUCUUCAGCAUUUUUUGGAACAUGGAAAACGGCAUAUCUGCAACCAGUAAACGAUAAUAUUGCGAAGGCAUAUGAUCUCUGGAGCCUCAUAACGCCAGUCAUCUUACGCACGAAAGUUUUACUAGAAGAACCGCAGAAACGAUGA